AUGGCUACCUUGUUAUCUGGAGUUGACAUGCUUGUGUCAGUGAAUAUGUUGCCUGGUGAUGAUGGAUGGUAUGUUUCGAGAGAAGAAAUAGAAAACAACUCCCCAUCAAGGCAAGAUGGUAUCGAUUUGGAGGAAGAAACUCGUCUACGCAACUCAUACUGCACAUUCUUGAAAGAACUCGGUCUCAGACUCAAAGUUCACCCGAUUGUGCUCGCCACUGCUAUUGCGCUCUGUCACAGAUUCUUCCUUCUUCAGUCUCACGCAAAGAAUGACAGAUUGACAAUUGCAACAAUCUGCAUGUUCAUUGCUGGGAAGGUUGAGAAAGCAACUCGACUGGACUUAAAACAAGUUAUUAUUGUUUCUCAUGAGAUCAUACACAAGAAGGCUAUUGAACCUGAUCAGAGAGAGGAAGUAUAUGAACAGCAGAAAGAGCUUGUAUUAAGUGGAGAGAAGCUUGUUUUUGCUACAUUCAACUUUGAUGUCAGUGUUGAUCUUCCUUUUAGUCCUCUUAUCGUAGCAAUUGAUAAAUAUAUCCUUGACGACGCUACUAAGGCCCAGUUUCUUCGAGUUGCAAGGAGAUUUGUCAUGGAUAGUUACUGGACGACACUCUGCCUGCAGUAUAAGCCACGUCACAUAGCAGGAGCUGUUUUUUUCCUCGCUGCUAAGUACGUAAGAAUGGACUUGGAAUCAAAUAGAGAGAGCUGGUGUCAAGAGUUUGAUAUCACGCCUAUACAACUAGAAGAUAUCCGUGGCCAAAUGCGUCCGCUUUACAAGAAAGAGCCUGUCCCUGCAUCUACAGGAAGCAUAGGCGAAACAAGUAACAGUGGAGACGUAGUGCAUCAACCUGUCUCUGGAGAUGUGGCUUCUACAGAUCAAUGUCCAAGCUCUGCUAGUGAAGGAGAUUCAACGAGAGCCAAUCUAAGCCUAGGCGAUGAUCAUUCGGUCCAAGAUAGGCCUGAAGGAACUGAAAAGGACAAGGCAGAAAGUGAAGCUGGAGAAGACAGUUCUGUUGGUAAUCCUGCUGCUGAGACGAGUGAUGACGUCGGGACUAGCUAA